AAUUUUACGAAAGAAGAUUUUUUAAAUGAUAUAAUUCAACAAUUAUUUUACUCUUCCCUUUAUUUUAAAUUAUCGAUUAUAAAAAUAUAGUGAAAGUUAAUGAGAAAUAGAGAAGAAAAUUUUAAAUCUACAAUAUGCAGGACCACCAGGAUCAAUUAACAAAAUGUAUUAAUGAAUUGAAGGGAGUGAGAAAAAAUUUAGAUGAUCAAAUUCAUGCCGAGGAGGAAAAACGAAAUCAGCUCAUGCAGGAAGUCGAAAGGAUGUCCUACAAGAUCAACGAGCUAAACGAGAGUCUUGCAAAGAAAGCUGCAUCACGUCAUGAAUACGAUCGUACAAUUCAAGAAGCUGAAGGUGCUUAUGAGAAGAUUAUAGAGAGUUCUCAACUUUUACUCAAUCUGGUAAAAAGAGAAGCUGCUAGCCUCGACGAGACAUUGCAUACAAAAUAAUCUUGAAAUUAAAAUAAAAUUUAAAUUUAAAAUUCUACCAAAAGAAAAAAAAAUUCCUAAUGUUAAAUAUUCUAUUAAAAUUUUCACUUCAAUAUAAUAUGAGAGAAAGGGAAACAAAUUUGUAAC